GGUUUUCUCUGGUCGGCCCAGCAAACCCUUCCCGGGUUUGUGAAACUGCGCUUUUGGCCUCUCUGUGCUGGGGCGAGGAGCGCAGUAUUCCGCUCGCUGGUCGGCGCGGUUAUUGGCCUUGGUUCUCGGACUGACCGCCCUCACCUCCCGCCCGGCCUCUCCUCCGGGCCCAUCCUCGUCAGGGGCGCCUCGCAGCGGCGGCGGCCCCCCAGACUCGGCCCAGGACAACUAGCGGCCCAUCUCCGCUCCGGGCUCGGAUGGGAGGUGGCGGGAGGAGCGGCCUGGGAUGUUCAGUCUGAUGGCCAACUGCUGCAGCUGGUUCAAGCGGUGGCGGGAGCCCGUCAGAAAGGUGACUCUUGUGAUGGUGGGACUUGAUAAUGCUGGUAAAACGGCAACAGCAAAGGGAAUCCAAGGAGAGUAUCCUGAAGAUGUAGCACCUACUGUUGGAUUUUCCAAAAUUGACCUUAGACAAGGAAAGUUUGAAGUCACCAUCUUUGACUUGGGAGGUGGAAAAAGAAUUCGGGGAAUCUGGAAGAAUUACUAUGCUGAAUCUUAUGGGGUAAUAUUUGUUGUGGAUUCGAGUGAUGAAGAGAGAAUGGAAGAGACAAAAGAGACAAUGUCAGAAGUGAUAAGACAUCCUAGGAUAUCGGGAAAGCCUAUAUUGGUGUUGGCAAAUAAACAAGAUAAGGAAGGGGCUUUAGGAGAAGCUGAUGUGAUUGAAUGCCUGUCUCUGGAAAAACUGGUCAAUGAGCACAAGUGCUUAUGUCAAAUAGAACCUUGUUCAGCAGUCUUGGGAUAUGGAAAGAAAAUUGACAAGUCCAUUAAAAAAGGCCUUUAUUGGCUGCUACAUAUCAUUGCAAGAGACUUUGAUGCUUUAAAUGAGCGCAUCCAAAAAGACACAACAGAACAACGUGCUCUUGAGGAACAAGAGAACCGAGAGCGGGCUGAGAGAGUACGAAAAUUACGAGAAGAAAGAGAACAAAGAGAGCGAGAGCAGGCUGAACUCGAUGGAACCAGUGGUCUGGCUGAGUUGGACCCAGAACCAAUUAUUGUUAAUCCUUUCCAGCCGAUAGCAUCUGUAAUCAUUGAGAAUGAAAAAAAACUUGAAAGAGAGAAAAAGAGGCAAAAUGUGGAGGAAGACAGUGAUGGCUGCCCUCUGAAACAUAAACUGGAGCAUGAUCAAAUAGAGACACAGAGCCAGAUCAGUGACAGUAGCCAAAAAAACAGUGAGUUCGGAAUAGUAGAAAAUUAUAAGGAGGCAUUAACACAGCAGUGGGAAAAUGAAGAUGAGACAGACCAACAGUCAUCAGAAUCAGAUAACAGUAAAAAGAAAACUAAGAAGCUAAGAAUGAAAAGGAGCCACCGUGUAGAACCUGUUAAUACAGAUGACUCUGUUCCUAAGAGUCCAACACCACCCCCACCUCCUCCUCCUGUUGGCUGGGGAACCCCCAAAGUCACUAGACUUCCAAAACUUGAGCCUCUUGGUGAAACACGUCAUAAUGACUUCUACGGGAAGCCACUGCCUCCCCUGGCUGUGCGACAGAGACCUAACAGUGAUUCUCACGACGUCAUAUCAUAACCAGCUCAUGUGGAUGCGCUCUGUUAAGGUCGGCAAGAUGAGCUGGAGGACCUUCUUUCUCAAAGGAGAAAAACCCUGAACAUCGAUGACUGGGGCAAGACAACCGUAGCAGUAUCAGUGAGCCAAAGACCUGACUGUUUUGAUAAUUACUUACCCAUGGUCUUCAUGGUUCAAA